CGACUUCCAAAAUAACUGACACAUAUGGUUAAUUCCAGGUUGAUGUGUUCCCUAACAAUAAAGGGGUAUGGAUACGCUUUGAGCCGGAAAAUUGCAGAUUUUAUUCUUCCAUUUCUAAAGUUUAAAAAGCUUAAAGAAGGAGACAAACAGGUUGAUGACAGACUGAAGGCCUUAAAGUCUUUAAUCUACAACAACGCUGAUACCACAGUCAAACUGGAUUCUAAUGCAUUGAAACAACUGAUCCAGUUAUCGACAAUGGGAACUUUCCCAAGCCACAAACCACGAGUGAGUUUUUCCGUUUAUCCUAAAUCAACUCACCUGACACUUGGGAAUGGUCAAACGGCGAUAUAUGACGGAAUCCAGACGAAUAAUGGAAAUGGAUAUGACGUCAGAACAGGAAUCUUCACGUGUCCUGUAGGGGGUACCUACAUGUUUGUUGUCGAUUGUCUCUCUCGUAAAAUGACAUUUAUACAUAUUGCACUGAACAAGAAAGUGGUAGCAACUGUUCAUAUAUCAAAUGUUAACCAAGGCCCAUCUUGGCAGCAGUUGAGUAGAACCGUCAUUUUAAAGGCAAAGAAAGGUGACCACGUUAAAGUUAUUAAUGGUGACAAAAGCGGCUUCAUCUACCGUGGUCGCUACUCUGGUUUCUCUGGAACUUUACUGUACUGAAGAAUUGAUACAGAUAAGAAAUUGUAAAUUACAAGUCAUGAGAUUUGUGUAAUAAAGGA